UCAGUUCUAAAUCGACGUCACUCACGUAGCCGUGGCGUGCCUGCAGGCAAAUAACAUGGAGUCGAGUGUGUGGUCUCUGCAAGCGGGUUCAUGGAAAAAAUGUAGCACCGAUGUGACAAAGAUAUAGCAACACUCUACAUGCAUUCAUGGACUGAGGAUAUUCGUAGCUUUGUUCCAUAUAAAGCAUGGAGAACGGUGCGUAAACAACUCCUUUCCUCAGACCACAAGCCAGGCCAUUUUCCUGGAAGAGAACACCACACAAUGUAGACUGUAGUGGUCAGCAGUGGAACACCAUACUGUGCUCUUGGGACCAUGGAGCUAGAGGGGGAUUCUCUUUCCCCCAGGGAUUCCUUCACCUCAGUGAGCAGCUAUGGGCCACCACCCUCAUUCUCAGCACAGGACACCGUAACCCACAACUUCCUAAAUCAGACCUUACAGGUUUCAGACGAGCUCAUCUUCAGUGGGAGCCCAUGGUCCAGUGGUGGCAAUGGGGACUUUGAGAGGACCGGAGGCCCCCUAUCCCAGGUAGAAUCAGGGAGGAGUGCACAGAGGAGCAUCAGGUCCUCAGCCUUUCCCUCCUCCCUGACCUGGGACUCUGACUCUGAGAAAGAGACACUAGACGAGGAGGAGCUACAGCAUUUUUCUAACCCUCACGGUCUGGCCGCUCACAGCCCAGGAUCCCUCUCCUCUGGACACAGACCUGACAGUGAGGAUGACCAAGCACCUGAACAACUACCGCACUUACCCACUGAGACAAACCUACUCAGCCCUGUGGAGGAGCGGGACCAAGACAAGCCUAACACACACAGAGAGGAGCCAAAGAAGGACCAAUCCAGUUCAAAAGAAUUGGUAGAUGACAGUGUCUGGGAUAUAUCGGAGAAAGCUGAAGUGUUUCAGUCCAAAGUGACAUCAAAGGAGGGGUGCAAAAUUGAGGAGGAGGGAGAGGAAGAGGACCUGACAGGGAAGGACAAGGAGCCUGAGCGGGAUGUGUACACCUUCCCUGGAGACUCAGACACAGAGAGCCCCCCACCAGCACCCUGGGCACACUGCACCUUCAUCCAGCGUCGGAAGAAGAAAAGGGCCCUGCUCAGGCCCUUCUCUGGCCAGGGCUCCUGGGAACGCACAUCAACAGGAGCUGGUAAGAAGGCAAGGGGUGCUUCCUCAAGCGCAAAGAGCUUGGUGCCAGUGAAGGUGAGUGGAGGGGCCUAUGACUUUAAGGAGGACUUGGAAAAGGCAACAGAGGAACUGGAGAAGGUAGAAGAGGAAAAGGGUGGUGAAGAAGAAGAAGGAGGAGAGGGAGAGCUUAGUGAAGAGAUUUUCACCUGUGUGGAAUGUAGCAUUUACUUCAAGAAGCAGGUCUACCUGCAGGAUCACAUGCAAGAGCACAGUCAUAGCAGGCCGGGGACUGGCAGGAGGGAGCGCGGAGUGAAGGGCGCGCAAUUUCGGUGCCUGGAGUGUGGAUGGAACCUGUCAAACAGGCUGGCUCUGGCGGACCACAACAGACGACACCAGGAGUCUCGUCAAAAGAUCCUGGAGGAGAUUGGGAAGCUGAGUGACAGUGGGAAAGGAGAGACUACGCAAGGUGAACCGAGCAAGGUGACCAAACCUGCAAGCCCAGUCCUAGAACCAUUUGUAGCUCUAGUCACGACUCCAGCUUCAGCUCCAUUCACAGAGCCGGAUCCAGUUCCAGUCCGGGCCCCAGUCAAAGCUAGAGCCAAAACUCCAGUCAAAGCAAAGGUCAAAGGCCCAGCCAAUCGUCGCUAUCUCUGCCUCAAGUGUGACUUCAGUACACGCACCUCACAGGCAUUGGCCAACCACGCCAAGACCCACAACAGAAAACCUACUGGUCUGCAGCGAGCCUCUCCGCGCUUUCAGCCAAAGCUCACUCCUAUGGAGCCGCCUGUGUCACCUGGAUCUGCCUCUGGCCUGACCUCCAUCUCUCUCACUUGUGAUCAGUGUGCCUUCCAGGCCUCCAGUCAAACUGCCCUGAAGGAGCACCAACGCGUGGCUCACCCCGCGCAGACCUCCAUCUGUGGGGAAGGGCCUGAAGAGAUGAACCGUCCAGGGUCCAGAAUUGAUGCUUCCUCUCCAGCAUGUUCUGAUACGCUUUCUAAGCCUGUCUCUCCACCAGAGGGCCAAAGCCAGUCAAAGGCCAGUAAGUCUUCUUCCUCUAGUUGGAUCUCUGCUAUGGAGGACAGUGACAAACUGUCCCAACAAUCAAACACUGCUACAGCUCCCCAGCGUAGAGAGUUAGCCUUUAAGACCAUCGGGAACAAGAGGGCAAAUCGGAGAGGGAAGGUGGGGACAGAACUCCUCUGGCCAAAUCCCAGACUGGACAGUGGGCCACCUGAGACCGAUGAUGCACAAAGCCAGGGCCAGAGCCCUGACCUGGCAACCGAUAUGAACCAAAAAGAGACUGAAUCACUUGUUGGAUCCAAACCACUCACCAGGGCUCGAUCCCUCCGAGAUGACUCCCUUCUAAAACAACAGAGCCUCACAGCCUCAUGCUCUACAGAAAGGAAGCCCGUGAAGGAAGAGGAAGUGGACGGGGAGCCAAAGGUUGCUUUUGAAAAGAAGAGUAACAAGGUUUUUUCUGAUGAAGAUGAUGAUGACAACGAUGAUGAGGACAACGAUGAUCAUGACGAAGAAGAGGAAGAGGAAAAUAUCCGGCGUUUCCUAGCGGAGGGCAUAUCAGCUGAGGAUUAUGAGGAGAUUGAUGAGGAGACGGGGACCCUGAAGAGCGUGGAGAGGAAAUGCCCCUACUGCCCUGAUCGCUUCCACAACGGUAUCGGGCUGGCCAAUCACGUCAGGGGCCACCUCAACCGAGUGGGCGUCAGCUACAAUGUGCGCCACUUCAUAUCCCCCGAGGAGGUCAAUGCCAUUGAGAAGAAGUUCUCCUACCAGAAGAAGAAGAAAAAGGUUGCCAACUUUGACCCGGAUACGUUCAGUGUGAUGCGCUGUGAGUUCUGCAAUGCUGGCUUUGACACCCGGGCUGGCCUGUCCAGCCACGCCAGGGCGCACCUGCGGGACUUUGGGAUUACUAACUGGGAGGUGACUGUCUCGCCCAUCCAUAUCCUCCGGGAGCUCUUCUCCAGCCGCCCAGACCUGGUCCUCCCCACAGCCCCCCCACGCAGCCCAGCCUCAGACGAGGAGGAGGAAGACCUGGAGACGGAGGAGGAAGAACCAGGGGGAGGGGAGGGGAGUGAAGAGGCAACAGGUGCUACAGUCUCCAUCCUACUGUCAUCGUCGCCUUCUCAGCCUUGGGAGAAAGACCACAGCGUUGGUGAGCCUGAAGGCGGGGAGGAGGAAGAGCAGAUGCCAGCACUGGACAGCUUGACCUCCAGCCCAGGGAGGAAGGGUCUGUUUUCCCUGGACCCAGAGAGCCCCUCCCCGAGGGAUGAAGCUGACAUCAAGGUGUCCAACCUGUUAAAGUGUGAGGUGUGCAGUGCCCCCUUCGAGACGAGGCGGGGCCUAUCUAGUCACGCCCGUUCCCACCUGCGCCAGCUGGGCAUCGGCUUGUCGGAGAGUAGCGGGGCACCCAUCGACCUCCUCUACCAGAUCACCAAGGAGCGUGGUCUGGAUGGGCACUUCUCCCCUCCCCUCCCCCGCCCCCCCCAUCGCCAAGAAGCCCCUUCACGUCCUGCCAACCCCACGGAAAGAAGAGAGAUAUCAAGACACCGACAUGGACGAGAAACCCAUUCCUCUCUCCAUCCCCUCCCCUGUGGCCUCCCCUCCCCCCUCACUCAUCAGGGCCUGCUCCCCGUCUCCUGUGGUGAGAAAGGCCCCCAUCUCCUCCCUGCUGCCUGUGUCCUCCCCCCCUGCGCUGUCUGGACCAUAAGCCUGGAGGGGAGACUGAUGCCCCACUCAACCUCAGUAACAUUGGAGGUAGACCCCAACAAGGACAUAGUGUGCCAGCUGUGUGGCGCCUGGUUCGAGACGCGGAAGGGCCUGUCCAGCCAUGCCCGAGCCCACCUGCGUCACUUUGGGGUGGAGUACUCAGAGUCCAAAGGUUCCCCCAUAGACCUCCUCAACCAGCUCAUUCACACUGAUGACUUCAAGCACAGAGCCAGCGCCCUGCAGCCUGAGGGGCCCCAGGGGCUGAGGGGCCUCACAGCCAGCCUCUCCUCCCCCAAACGCUCCCUCCUCACCACCUCCUCCACACCUCUCCUCUACAAGGUCACUACGAUGGGGGGCGGAUCUGGGUCCAAAGCUACCUCUUCCUCAGCUUCCUCAAUGUUUGGCCCGCCCUCCAAACGUCCCAAGUCCUCCAAAUUACAGGUCUUCCGUUUGAGUGGCGGGGAACUCACGCCCAUCCCCCACAGUGAACCAGUGAAGGAGAUCGGCUGUGAGUUCUGUGGGGAAUACUUUGAGAACCGUAAAGGCCUCUCCAGUCACGCGCGUUCCCACCUGCGCCAGAUGGGCAUCACAGAGUGGACAGUCAAUGGUUCCCCCAUAGACACCCUGCGAGAGCUGAUCACACGUCGAGGUCUACCAUGCGCCCUGCCCCUUAAGCCCCUAAAAUCUCCCCCCCCCAUCACCCGGACCCCCUCGCUCCCCCUUGUCCUCCCCUGCCUCGCCCAGCCUCCUGAGUCGCCUCCCUUUUGCCUUCGCCCACCCACCCAGCCACCAGUCCACAGUGCCUGGAAGUCACCAUGCCAGGAGCGGUGGGGGGGAGCAGCUGGAUACUCCUCUGAGCCACUGAAUUGCAGCUGGAGCAGCUCUGACAAUAUGCUCCCUCUUAACUUGGUCACAGCCCAUGAAGUAGAGCCCACUCGGGACAUCCGCUGUGAGUUCUGUGGGGAGUACUUUGAGAACCGUAAAGGUCUCUCCAGCCACGCCCGUUCCCACCUCCGCCAGAUGGGCAUCACAGAGUGGACAGUCAACGGCUCCCCCAUAGAUACCCUGAGAGAACUCAUGCACAAGAAUGGGGGCAUCUCGUCCCCAGCCCCGGGGCUGAAGAAGGAGACCAGCCAGGGGUCCAGCCCCACCUGGGAAGGCCUGGUGGGGGGCCUGGGUUACCAGUCGCCCAAGUUCUCCCGCAAAUCCCCCCUCAACCUGCUGCACUCUGGCUCCCGGCUUCAUAAGCACGGCCUGGGGGCGGUGGGCCUCUCCUCCACCCCUCCCGCCGGGAAGUUUUUUGCAGUGUCCCUGCUGGGUAAGAGACCCCUGACGGAGGAGGGCCAUCCAGUUGAGAGGUCACCAUCCCACCCACAGUCCUUUUCGCCACUGCCACAUGACCUCUCCAUCAAAGGGAAGUCCUCUCCUGACAAGAAUGCCGGAGGGCACCUGGAUGCCAGCUGUGAGCUAUGUGGGUUCUACUUUGAGAACCGCAAGGCGCUGGCUAGCCAUGCGCGGGCCCACCUGCGGCAGUUUGGCGUGACAGAGUGGUGUGUAAACGGUUCGCCCAUCGAGACACUGAGUGCCUGGAUGCGCAGCCGGCCCCACAAGGUGGUGGAGAUGCACCGCAGCUACAUGCAGGGCUCCAACCGCUCCACCUCCAAGAAGAAAAGCAGCCUGUCUCUCUCCCCAUCAUCCGACUCUGACCUCCUCCCCCCCAUGCCCUCCCAGAAGCAUUCCUCCUCCUCCCAGUGGGCGGCUUUGGGGCUGGCCCAGGCCAGACGGGUAGGCCGGGAGCUCACCCUGGCAUCACCCCGGGCAGCAGAGGGUGAUGCAGGUCUCACUCCCCCCUCCAGACCCAGCCACAGCAGUCACAGUCUCAGCCCCACCCGACUCUCCAACACCCUCCCUCCCCACACACAGGUGGCCCGCAGCGAGCUCAACGUGCGCCUGCCCAGAGGCUUUGAGCGGCGACCUCUUAAACACCCCUCCCACUCAGAGGGAGGAGAGAGGGACAGUGGCACCCCCAAGCCCCCUCGCACCGGCACCAUUCCUGCCCUGGUGCCCAAACCCCCUUCCACCCCCCUGGUCAAAGUGGUGGGAAAGAUCUACUCCCUCAGGUGCCGGUUCUGUGAGGUGGAGUUCCAGGGUCCUCUCUCUGUGCAGGAGGACUGGAUCCGCCACCUCCAGCAGCACAUUCUCAACCUCAACUACAACAAGCCUGCUCCCUCUGCCACGGACCCUCCAGUCCAAGACCACAACCCAACCCCAACCUCAACCUCAGUCCCAGCCACUUCCUCCAGCUUCACCACAACUCCUGCCCCCACCUCAACCCUACCCUCCAUCCACACCCACACCACAGCUCCUACUGUUCCCCCUCCUUGCAGCCCCUCUCCUCCAUCAAUGGCUGAGUCAGAUCCAAUUGUCACUGCCACUCCAAUGGCAACAGCCUCAGCAGAGUCCACCCUCACCCCGAUCCUGAUCCCCACCCUGUCCUUGUAACCCCCAGGUCCA